UUGGUGUGGAAAUAUUCAAAAUAUUGGAGGAUCGGAAAUGUUCAAAUGCAAUAAUUGUGGUAUAAAAAUAGAAGGAGAUGUCAAAUGGCGCCCAAGGAAUAUUCCUUCGGGCUUUGCUUGA